UAAUCCUCACAUCCAACGAACAACUCGUGAAGAUGGUUGAAGUCGCACCUGCUGCUCCCGCUGCUGCCGCCGCUGCUCCGGCUAAAGCAACAAAGAAGAAGACCGCGGUGAAGGCGAAGAAUGCCGGACCAAGUGUCAGCGAAUUGAUCGUCAAAACCGUGUCUGCCUCCAAGGAGCGUAGCGGGGUUACUGUGCCAUCGAUGAAGAAAGCCCUGGCUGCCGAUGGCUACAACGUUGAGAAAAACAACUCACGUGUCAACACCACCAUCAAAGCUCUGGUUCUUAAGGGAACUUUGAUUCAGGUGAAGGGCGCCGGAGCUUCUGGGUCUUUUAAGAUCAACAAGGAGGUAAAGGCGAAGAAGCCAGAGGUCAAGAAGGCAGCUGCCCCUAAAGCCAAGAAGCCCGCAGUCAAGAAACCUGCCGCUGCCAAGAAGACUACCCCAAAGAAGGUCAAGAAAACUGCUGUCAAGAAAGCUACCCCGAAGAAGGUGAAGAAGCCCGUCGCGGCCAAGAAGGUGGCGCCCAAGAAAGUUGUCAAGAGUCCCAAGAAAGCGGCUAAGCCCGUUGCUAAGAAGACCCCGGUGAAGAAGGCAACCAAGCCCAAAACAGUCAAGAAGGCAGCCCCAAAGAAGAAGUAAAUUCUCUCAUCAAGCCUCCUUGAUCUCUGCACCCCACAAAGGCUCUUUUAAGAGCCAAACACAUAUCUUAACGAGACCAUAUUCUUCAAUUGUGUGUCAUAAUC